UCGAUCCUGUCUCAACAGGGGGAGCACCGUCUCAGACUGAGGGAGGUAUCGUAAGGAGAAGCCCAGCACCCUCUUCUCAUUAGGAACAGGGACCAUGAAGACAGCAGAUCAGAGAUAUCGCGCCGCGGAUAGUUUUAGCAUCCCAGUACGUUGAGCGGUAGCCACCCACAGAGGACUGGAUGACGAGUCGGCAUGGCAGGCGGACGGAGAGGACUUGUGGCCCCUCAGAACACUUUCCUAGAGAACAUCGUCAGACGGUCUAACGUUUGGACAUUGUCACAUAGGCAGACAGACACCAAUUUCGUCCUGGGAAACGCUCAGAUUGUGGACUGGCCCAUUGUGUACAGCAAUGACGGGUUCUGCAAGCUGUCGGGGUACCAUCGAGCGGAGGUCAUGCAGAAGAGCAGCACCUGCAGCUUUAUGUAUGGAGAGCUUACGGACAAAGAAACAAGUGAGAAAGUACGGCUAACCUUUGAAAACUAUGAGAUGAACUCGUUUGAAAUACUAAUGUACAAGAAGAAUCGAACGCCAGUGUGGUUCUUUGUGAAAAUCGCUCCGAUUCGCAAUGAGCAGGACAAGGUGGUGUUGUUCCUCUGCACGUUCAGUGACAUCACAGCCUUCAAGCAGCCGAUCGAAGACGAUUCGUCUAAAGGCUGGGGGAAGUUUGCUCGUUUGACCCGCGCACUGACCAGCAGCCGAGGAGUCCUGCAGCAGCUGCAGCCGACCGUCCACAAGGGAGAGAACGUCCACAAGCACUCCCGCCUGGCUGAGGUGCUGCAGCUGGGCUCGGACAUCCUCCCCCAGUACAAGCAGGAGACGCCAAAGACGCCCCCCCACAUCAUCCUCCACUACUGCACCUUCAAGACCACCUGGGACUGGGUCAUCCUCAUCCUCACCUUCUACACGGCCAUCAUGGUGCCCUACAACGUGUCCUUCAAGACCAAGCAGAACAACGUCACCUGGCUGGUGGUGGACAGCAUCGUGGACGUCAUCUUCCUGGUGGACAUCGUGCUCAACUUCCACACCACCUUCGUGGGCCCUGCUGGGGAGGUCAUCUCUGACCCCAAACUCAUCCGCAUGAACUACCUGAAGACCUGGUUCGUCAUCGACCUGCUGUCCUGCCUGCCCUACGACGUCAUCAACGCCUUCGAGAACGUGGACGAGGGCAUCAGCAGUCUCUUCAGCUCGCUGAAGGUGGUUCGGCUGCUGCGUCUGGGCCGGGUGGCUCGGAAGCUGGACCACUACAUUGAGUACGGGGCGGCGGUGCUGGUGCUGCUGGUGUGCGUGUUCGGGCUGGCCGCUCAUUGGCUGGCCUGCAUCUGGUACAGCAUCGGGGAGUACGAGGUCAUCGACGAGGACAACAACACGGUGCGCACGGACAGCUGGCUGUACACGCUGGGCGAGACCACGGGCUCGCCGUACCGCUUCAACCUCAGCGGCUCGGAGAAGUGGGAGGGGGGGCCCAGCAAGGACACGGUCUACAUCUCCUCCCUGUACUUCACCAUGACCAGCCUGACCAGCAUCGGCUUCGGAAACAUCGCCCCCACCACCGACGGGGAGAAGAUAUUCGCCGUGGCCAUGAUGAUGAUUGGCUCUCUACUGUACGCCACCAUCUUCGGUAACGUCACCACCAUCUUCCAGCAGAUGUACGCCAACACCAACAGGUACCACGAGAUGCUGAACAGCGUGCGAGACUUCCUCAAGCUGUACCAGGUGCCCAAGGGCCUGAGCGAGCGGGUGAUGGACUACAUCGCCUCCACCUGGUCCAUGUCCCGAGGCAUCGACACUGAAAAGGUGUUACAGAUCUGUCCUAAGGACAUGCGGGCAGACAUCUGUGUGCACCUGAACAGGAAGGUGUUCAAGGAGCACCCGGCGUUUCGGCUGGCCAGCGACGGCUGCCUCCGCGCCCUGGCCAUGGAGUUCCAGACCAUCCACUGCGCCCCCGGCGACCUCAUCUACCACGCUGGCGAGAGCGUGGACAGCCUCUGCUUCGUGGUGUCCGGGUCCCUGGAGGUCAUCCAGGACGACGAGGUGGUGGCCAUUUUGGGGAAGGGGGACGUGUUCGGGGACGUGUUCUGGAAGGAGGUGACCCUGGCCCAGGCCUGCGCCAACGUCCGGGCGCUGACCUACUGCGACCUCCACGUCAUCAAGCGCGACGCCCUGCAGAAGGUUCUGGAGUUCUACACGGCCUUCUCCAACCACUUCUCCCGCAACCUACUGCUCACCUACAACCUGAGGAAGAGGAUCGUGUUCCGCAAGAUCAGCGAUGUGAAGCGUGAGGAGGAGGAGCGGCUGAGGAGGAAGAACGAGGCGCCGCUGAACCUGCCGCCGGACCACCCGGUGCGGCGGCUGUUCCAGCGCUUCCGGCAGCAGAAGGAGGCGCGCAUGGCGCUGGAGCGGAGCGAGCCGGAGGCGCUCGAGCCCGACGUGGAGAAGGGCGUCGCCCGCGUCACGCAGGCCACCGCCCACCACGUCAUCGCCACCACCAGCAUCGUCACGGUGACGGAGAGCCCCGCCACGCCCAUCCCCUCCGUCUCGUCCUCCGCCUCCACAUCAGGGGGAGGGGGGGGGCUCGCCAACCGCGCCAAGCUCCAGGCCCCCGCCCCCGCGGCCGGCCAGCCCGGGAGCAAGUCCGCCGAGCCCGCCAAGGGCAAGGGCUGGGGCCGCUUCAAGGACGCCACGGGCAAGAUGGACACCUGGACCAAAGUGUCCAAGGCCGAGUCCAUGGAGACGCUGCCGGAGAGGGCCAAGGCCUCCGCCCACGAGGAGGCGUCGCUGAAGAAGACCGACUCCUGCGACAGCGGCAUCACCAAGAGCGACCUGCGGCUGGACAGCGUGGGGGGGGAGGCGCGCACCCCCCAGGACCGCAGCCCCGUGCAGCCCGAGGCCCGGCACGCCUUCUACCCCAUCCCCGAACACUCGCUCCAGGCCUCGCUCCUGGAGCUCAAGCACGAGCUGAAGGAGGAGAUGAAGGCCCUGGAGGGCCGCAUGGCCGGCCUGGAGAGCCAGCUGGCCGAGGUGCUGAGAAUACUCAAGUGCAGGAGGGCCCCCAGCUCCCCCCGGCCCCUCUUCGAGAUCUCGCGUCCCGCCUCCCCCGAGUCCGACAAGGAGGACAUCUUCUCGUGAGCCGCUCUGAGAGAGACACCGUUUGUUUCCAUGUCCUGAAGUUAAGCGCACGGGGCCUUUGGGGUGGCCGCCGCGGUUCUGCAUGGGCAGGGAACCGACGCGACUUUCAGCCACUGAGCGCACCGCGCACCACCUGAGCCCGGAAUCAGGCUGGAGGGAGUUCCUCUCGGCUCAGUCCUCGGCCCGGCGCCGCAUUGCUGGCACGCCCAUAGGCGAAGAAUGGCAAAGCCUGGGCUAAACUGGAUCGCAGCUCCAUUUUGAGUUCUGUUUGUCGAGUAGAAGUAGCUGUACACAGUAUUUUCAGUUCCAACGGAUCUUCUUUUAUAGAGUUUCAAAGCAGAUUUAUAUUUUUUAUUAACAUACAGUAGCCCUAUGGGCAAUUCUAUCAUCAUCUGUCCUUACGGUUUCUGAAGGAUAAUUUCUACCUUUUUUUCUGGCUUUUUUACUUUGCUACUUGCUUUUUCCAGCUGAUUAGUCUUCAGUAGUUCUUUUUCCACCCAGGUGGAAAAGAUCACCAUCAUGAAUGAGAGCUCAGGACAAUUAUUUUUGUGUUUGGUUUAUCCCUCGUCUUGAACAAGUCUGCAUAUUUUGUUCCUGCGAGUUCAUCGCUUGUUUCGUUUGUGCUCUGCGUUUUCGUGUGCUUUCAUACGUUAAGAAAACAUCACGAACCAAACAGAUUUGCACAGAAUUUAGUUAGGAACUCAAAUGAAUUGUGUCUUUUGCACUUAAAUAUUCUUUGACCUGAUAAUGUUCUGGUGACGACACGUUAUUUGCAUGUGGAAGGGGGUUGCAUCCUUGCCGUUUUUUUGCGACUGCUCUCUUCGGACCUCGUGAAACGUCAAGAUCGUCAAGUGUACAUAACAUGAAGCUGUGUUUCACAACACCACAAGUACACACACACACACACACAUGUGCACUGACACACACACACACGUUUUCUCAUAAAGAGGGUCUUCCAAAAAAAAAAAACACUUGCUCGCAGCCAAGCAGGUCUGAUGUUUAAGCUUACACGUGCAUCUCUCUUCCUUGUGGCCUUGACUGUUUUAUAGUACGUUCAUUCUUCACAGUCCCCCGGGUGAACCCACAGUUCAGAAAGUGAGGCAAACCCGGUGUGUGUCCUUCAUUCUGCAAACCAGCUUCUCAGUGUUCUUCUGUAACGGACCGUAGCGGUUCUUUAAUUCAUCCGCCCCCCCCAUUCUGCUGCUCGCUGGACCUGUCCAGUCCUGCGUAGAGCCUGCAGGGUACAGAUGCGGGUCCCUGCUAACACACACAAAGCCAGACAACCCCAGACCCCUCUAUGGCUGGUUUGGGUGAUUUACGCCUGAUAUGUAUACGAGGUUCGCAAUAUAAGCAGUACAGGGGCUCGUCCAAUGAAGCAAAUCUCAUUCAUUUCAAUGAACAACUCCAUUCGCCCAAAAAGUCCUUAAUCGGUUCCCUCGGUAGAAACGGUUAAUUUCCCCAGUUUUUGUUAUGGCUGACGCAGAAGCUGAUCCUUUACAUCAAAGACUUCCGCUGUGGUUCGGUACCCAGCGUCUGUAUCCUGAAAAGGAAGAACACUUGCAUGUCUCUUUGAACCCACAGCGCUACUGUCCAAAGGAGUUUAAUUCCCCAUCACAGAGGCUAAGGAUCGGCUAUUACUGGAGGAAGACACUCAGAAUAGCCGUGUCAAGAGCCGCUGUUCUGGAUUAAAAUAGCAUCUACUUGAAUGAAUGCCAUCAUAUCAGAACUUAGCCUCGCAUUAAACUGCAAGCUAUAACCCGGGGGGUAUGUGGGGGUUAUAUGUGAGCUUCGACAGAACGCUUCACUCAAUCAAUGAAUCAGGCUCUGAAGUGCACAGCUCAUCUUAAAACAGUCACCAUCAUCUGAAAUGAUGAAACGGUCAUAUUUAAUCUUGCUGUUAUAGAGCUGUUUUAUCAAUGCAAUUCUCAGUCUCAGAAUCUGGAAUUCAAAAUAAUAUCUCUGUAAAUAAUUGAUGAAUGCAUGGUGAAAAAUCAAUUUAAUCAAAAAAUAUUAGGUUAUUAUUGCCUUGUGAUUACGUAAAACUUAUUAAUCUGAUGCAAAUGGAAACAAUGUUUUGCAUUUCGUAGGCGCCAUUGAUAUUAGCCUUUACUCCUAUAUUACAUUCAGUCAAUGGCAUCAAACAAUCAGCUGAAUGCUCUCCCAAACUGUUCAAAUCUCUCCAAAAGGUCCAGAGAAGUAACAUUUCUAGCCAGUUUAUACAUUGUCUGUACCUCAGCGAAAUCCAUAAACUGUCAAAUGAAGCAGUUUAGCCUCAAUGUUACUUCAGCUUUUUAUUUUUUACUAAAGGGCAGAAGUGUUCAGUAUCAGGCUUCAGUCUGAGCAGUUUUAUAACGACGGCAGACAGCGUUCAUUAUGGGGAGAACAGAGCACCCCUGACACUCAUGUACAGUCUCUGACAUAUGAAUGUUACCCAAAACCUUAUUUUCAUCAUGCAAAUUUAAAUAUUGUAUUGGGGGGGGGUUGUCUUACGCUUAAAUACGGGAAUUUAGCAAUAAUCCACUCAAGUGUUUCGGGUCCACCCAAAAAAAAAUAAACAUCACAUCAAGCUAUUGAAACGAGAAGUUUAGCGGGAUUUUACUGUAAUCUAUUUAUCACUUUUAUUUUAAAUGAAGGUGAAAUAAAAUGAACGGUAACAUCAUGUAAGCAAGCCCCCCUGGGCUAAUGCGUUCAGCACUGAUGUCCAAAGUGAGGCGGACUGCAGCAUAACAAAGCCCCAGAAACACACACCUGCCUGCAUUAUCAUCCGCGUCCAGCAAUAACACUGUGGGCCACGCCCUCCUGUGGCAGGCGAAUGUACUCUCGCAAUCCGCUUCUCCCCAAAAAGCACCCCGACGGGGAACAGAGCACAGAGCAGCGGCUCGUUCCGCACCUCUAAUGGAAAGAACUUUAGGGGGGGUUAGAGAGCCCAGAAAUUAACUUCUUAGGGGAAAACGAAAAUAAAAGUUCUCAUAAUGAUCGCACUCUUCUUCAGGAAGACGGAAUCAGAACGGUCGCCGGCAGUGUGUGAAUCCUGACAGCAUCUUUCAGUUCCACCCGCAAGCCUCUGGCCAUCUCAACACGCUGAAAUGAUGAAAGCGGAUUGGAUCAUCACAAAAUCACUGACACAAGCGCUGAGCAAAGUGUUUUAUUGCAUCAAUUUACUGUCAAGAGGUAAAAAAACUAAAACAAAAAACACAUUUACAGGGGCCACUGCAGAUAGAGAUAUCUAAAUUAGAGAACCCUCCCCCUUCCUGACCCCACCCCGACCCCUGAUGUCACAGAAGUAACAGUAGAUUCAGUAGUCUCCAUGCAUGAGCAUUGCAAGCGUAUUUGCCGGCUUUUGGCCGUGACCUUUGACCUUACCUGUCCAUUGUCAAGCACCAAAAACCUUUGACUUGAUUUUUACGUUGCACUUGUAAUACGUUUCUUUGAGCAUGAACAAUAAAGACAAACUAUUAGGAACUAUUUUUGUGGUCAGCCUUCGAUGCUGCCAGGUAGUAAAGUAUUUACCGUUUUGGAAUGUCAUAUUAAGAAGAAAGGGAAGAAUAAUUAAAUAUAAAUAAUAAA